UUUGUUUUGUUGUGGUUGAAUAUUUGAUUCCUGUGGUGCGAUAUUGUUUAAAUUGAACAUGAUUCGGAUCUUUCUUUUAUCAUGUGUAUGUGUUUCCCAAGUCAGAUUAUAUAACAACAUUGCUUUAGGAAAACUUGCACAGCAGCUGUAUCCAUAUUCUUCCUUUAGAUGGGGAGCUGAUAAAGCGGUGGACGGAUUAAAAUCAGACUAUUCUGCUGCUGGAGGACAGUGUACGAUAUCGGGAAUUGCGAAACGAACAGCCAGGUGGUGGGUGGAUCUAGGAGGUGUCCUCAGUAUACAUCACAUAACUAUAUACUACAGGACGGACAAUGUGGCCUGGGAUUUCGAUAAUGCGUACACCACUCGAUUCCUUGGUUUCUCGGUAUAUAUAUCGAACACAACUAAUAAAGAUGACGGGGUACUGUGUUUUAAAGACACGGUGUACACCAGAGCCACAAUACCGAACCCGACAAACAUAACAUGUCUAAAUCAUGGACGUUACGUCAUUUAUUACAUCGAGAGACUCCAAGGCGUCACUUAUCCUCCUGAAUAUUCUUCGUCCGCACACAACGAGCUCUGUGAAUUUGAAGUUUACGGUUGUCCAACACCAGGCGUUUAUGGAGAGAACUGUGAUAUACCGUGUCCUCAGAAUUGUCAGGAGAGACACUGUGACAUUGUGACUGGAACCUGUCUGGGGUGUAUUCCGGGAUAUAAAGGGUCUUUCUGCGAUCAACUCUGUGAUAAUAAGAAAUACGGCCUGGAGUGUAAACAGAACUGUGGUAACUGUAGCGAUGGGAUACAAUGUAAUCACGUGAACGGAAGUUGUCCGAACGGAUGUGACGUCGGAGCUCGAGGCGAUAAAUGCGAUGAAGAUCUAGACAGUGAUUGUGUGGAAAAGUUGGUGGAGAACAUUCAAGUUUCCUUUCAUAACGUGUCUUGGACAACAGCUGUUGCAGGACCUAUAACACAGUAUGAUCCACAGGUCAAUCUGAUUUGCUCCUUUACACCUGCUGCUGAUGAUACGCUAUUGUACCACAUAACCUGGAACGUCGACAACAACAUUCUGAUUAAAAGUCAGAAUGUUGACAAGACAUCCCUACAGAACGCAAUACUCUCUGCUGAUGAUCUCCACAAUGCCGGGAAAAAGAUUGGUAUCUGGAUACAAUGUAUCGUGGGACUAACAAAAUCAGAGGAUAAACUACCAUGUGUUACCAAAGGGAGCACUCUUUUCUUCGCUGGAAUAGAGGUUUUGAAUGAGACGCUUACGAUUGAGAGACAGGACCAUUCAACCAUCAUGGUACGUCCAACUAUCCCGUUCGGUUCCCAAACCUUAGAUACGGGAACACAGAACACAAGUCCUUUGAAUAUACAGCUGUCAUUCCUGAACGACAAUAUCAAGGCCAAGUGUCGAGCUAAUGGAGGCUUUGCCCAAUGUUCUAUUACAAUACCAAGCUACACGUACGAUGAAAGACAAAAGUAUGACGAUACAACAAACUGGUAUAAAAUCUACACAAUGACGGUCUAUAACUCAGAUGAGGAGGGAUACUAUAUUGAUAAUCGCCGCUUGGUACUAAGACUAGAAACAAACAGUCCAGCAGGCAAUGGAGCUAGAAUAUUUGGUGGUGUCGUGCUUCCAGAUGUAUACAUCAAUAUCGUGGAGUCAAAUGAAGCAUGGAAGGGAAAGCGAUGCAGCUCGUAUAUCGAUCCACAUUUAACAUCCUUUGAUGGAUUACCCUUCGAAUGCCAGGCAACAGGAUGCAUUACAGGGAAGACAUACACAUUCUACAAAAACAGCGAUCAUCUACAAGAGGUCCAGGUACGACAUGCUAAUUGUUGGGGCUCACCACGGUGUGCAUGUGCAGUAGCAGCUAGAUCAGGUCAAGAUGUGUUCACAAUGGACUUCUGCGACUCAAGACGAUACAUCAAUUUCCCUAUAUGUAAAGACAAAUCACUGAAGGUCAUCAAAGAAACAGAUAAACUAUUUAAGAUACUUUUUCCAACUGGGACUUACGUCAAAGUGAUGUUAUACGAUUCUGGAUCAUGGUACAUGAACAUUGAAGUCUAUCCAACUGUUGCUGAUGUACAGAAAACAUCAGGACUAUGUGGGUUUUUGGACGAUGAUACAACAAAUGAUCUUCGUCUUUUGGAUGGAUCGAUCAGCACUUCUAGUCCUCCGGACGAUUUCUCUUUAUCAUGGAAAUUACCAGAUGGCAGCGCUGAUGAUCUCCUGUCUCACUCACAUUCUGUAUAUGACACCCUAGCUCCCUUGUCAACCUACUUCCAAAAGUUGUGCACAUGUGAUCGCGGAAAAACGUAUUGUAGUUACAAGAAAUAUGUAGACUGUGAAACAGAUGUAAAAGGAAAGGAAUACCAAUGUAUCUUACACAAUAGCGCCAGGAAAAAACGAGACCUGGAAUUCAUUCAUAAUGUCCAAAAAAGAGAACAACAGUCAGAAACUAAGAUGCAGCGAGUCGUGCGAAGUAAGCGGCAGGUCAUAACUGUGGCAGAUGCUCAGAAGACAUGCUACACAACGUUUGAAGAAUCACAGCUCUAUGCAACGUGUCUUGAAGUAGUGCCAAAUUUUAGCAAUGAAAGCGUGGAAAACUGCAUUUUGGAUUUGUCUAUGACUGGAGAGGAAAACCUCACACAAAUACAUCUUGAAACUGCUCUCGGACAAUGUCAGGCAUAUAUUUUGCUGAAUUCAACUCUGAAAAAAGAACAGUCUAACUUUUCAGAGAUAAUGAUCAAUUUAUGUCCAAAUAAUUGCAGCAGUAACGGUAUUUGUUCUGGGGGAAACUGUACGUGUAACUAUGGCUACGGUGGAAGCGACUGUUCGUUUGAUAUUCUCUCCCCACCGACAAUAACCAAAAUAUCAGACGAUGGAUUGUGCGAUAAAACCGAGGAGGCGUGCGAUGAUAUUACACUGUAUGGCCAAUAUUUCUUGGAAAACAUGGGGACUACAUGCUACGUAAAUCGACAAGAGAUAACAGAAACAAAGAACAUUUCUUCACAAGAGUCCUACACCGUUAGCCUAGAGGAGAGAACCUUGUAUGAAGGAUAUUGUAGACUUGAUUAUUCACUGACCAACACAUGGAGUACGACAUUUGAAUUCAAGAUAUCUAAUGAUGGUACCCAGUUCUCAGAGAUGUAUUAUGUGUGUGUCUAUCAGUCGGAAUGUCAAAUAUUCAACAACGACACUGGAAGUGUCUAUUUCACUCUACAGGAUGGAUACUGUUACAUCAACGGGAGCUGUAUUCAGAAAGGUGAAUUCAGUGGUAACGACUCCUACUACCGGUGUGACCCUGAUACAAACAGAUAUGAUUGGACGUAUGAAUGUAACACGACAGUAUCAACAACCCAGGACACAGGGACGACAGCUUCCUCUACAACAAACACAAGUACGUCCUCUAUAGGAACCGAAACCACUCUCAGCAUUUCAAGCAGUACCUCCGCUCCAGGCACUACUUCUACAGGUGCACAAACGACUCUUAGCAUUUCCAGCAGUGUAGCCAGCAGUGUUUCCCCUUCAGACACCACUUCCACAUCUCCAUCAACAACGACACAGUCAACACCUUUGACUUCAACUUCACAGUCAACAUCACAGUCAACUACAUCGCUGCCCCUGGUCUCAUCCUCUACUGAUAGUGUACAUUUAAAGACCACAUCACCAUCAUUGAAUGAUAUAGACGAUAACUCACACAGAAGCACCAAACAGGAUACUGAAUUAUCAGAGCGGGCUAUAGGGUUAAUCUGUGCAGUGGCUUUUAUUACCGUGGCAAUAAUUUCCCUCACCGGAUAUUUGCUCAAAGCAAAAUGUAGCAAAAGGUGAGAUGCUCAAAUUCUCAGCUUGACCACUCAUCAUGCACAUGACGAAGUUGACAUUUGCUACGAAAACAAUACAGUUUCAUCGGGAGAAGAUACGCAUGACAUAUUCGAUAUCCGUCCAGAGGACUUGAUUUCCAGACCACCAUCUGCAACCCCCAUGUCCAGACAAACUCCCACUAAUGACCUGAGUAGAAUAUAUGACCAGAAGCAUAUCUACAAAAUGUUUAAUGUCAGUAAAUGACAUUCGAUCAUGUUUGUUAUUUCUAUAUCUUAACGUUGGAAGUCUUUCUUUAAUACACAAAACAAUGGUUUUGAAACAUACGUUCAAUGUCUAAAAUAUACAAACAACAAUGAUAAUGGAGACAAAAUCAGCUUAGGGUAAAUCUGUCCAAGGAGAAAAACGAAAUUCUGUAUUAUUUAUUUCAAUAUUGUGGAAAAAUAAUGCAUGUGCGGUACUUGGUCACGUUUUGAUUAAUUAUUUCAGCUUUUUUUACAGUGAAUUUCGUUGAAAAAUGUCUGUUUUGCAAAAUUCAUUGAAAUUGCGUCGAACAAAUUCCAAAUGAUUUUUUUAUAGACGUUGCUGUAAUAUCUGACGUCAAAUGAGAAUUUAAAUCUUAAAAGCACAUUUGUUAGAAAUAAGAGUAUUUUGAGCUUAUGCGUUUUGGCUUAGUGAUUUCAUCCUGUUUUCUCAAUGAUCAAUAUAUCAAAAUUUACUCAGCAACUUUAAAAGAACUUUGGGAGAAUUUUGCAUAAUUUCAUCCUACAAAAUAUGGAUAUUGGACCAAGACGAUAUCACUUGGAUUGUCAAGGCCAUACAUUAUGUAACCAUGAAAUGAUGGUUCGAUGCGGCCAUAGAAAGUAUGAGAUAUGCAAAUAUCAUGAUUGGUGGUAACCGAAACGUACUGUUGAUUUAUAACAAGCUGAAAAUGUCUACAACAUAUAUCUAUUUUUCACAGUUUUGCCUUUAUGUUUAGUUUGUCAUGUCAUAGUUAUUACCAUAUUUUAUAAUAUGCACUUGCAAUGUAUUUCAAGCCCCUUAAUCAAUUAAUUACACCCUAAACGUCUACAUUUUGUCUUCGAUAUCAAAUUACUUAACAAAGUGUUAUGAUACAUAAAGUUAAACAAAGUAUGAUGAAAAACGC